CCGUGUUUUGUUUGUCUGUCUGCGCACCAGCGAUGAAAUCACGGGGUCCGCUGCUGGCUCGGUACAAGCGGAGGAAAUCUCUCCUGACUUCCCGCUCAUGAGGACUCAGGUAACCGCAGAGGACGCUCGGAGCAGGACCGAAAGGGAGCACCGCCGUGGAUCUGGAGUCAGGUGCUGCUGGAUGAGAGUCUGACUAGGCAUUUUUUCCCCGGUGACAGAGACAAUCUCAGCGGCGCAUCUUCCCACAACCUCCUCCCCUCCCUUCUCCUCUCCUCCUCUGCUGCCCUCCAAGGCUGCAGCCCACCGACCAUGGCCCUGGUGACUCUGCAGCGCUCUCCCACCCCCAGUGCAGCAUCCUCGGCCAGCACGACAAACAGCAGUGCGGGGGAGGAUUUUGGAAGUGAUGAUGACCGGAAAAAUAAUCAGAGCCUCAGUGAGAGCUUCUUCAUGGUCAAAGGAGCCGCCCUCUUCCUCCAGCAGGGCGGCAGCGCACAAGGACCAAAGACCCCGACCCACCACAAACAUGCAGGAGAUUUACCUCAACACCUGCAGGUCAUGUUUAAGAUCCUCCGGUCCGAAGAUCGCAUUAAACUGGCUGUACGGUUAGAGAGUGGAUGGUCAGACCGGGUACGCUACAUGGUUGUUAUCUACACCAACGGCCAUCAAGACACAGAGGAAAAUAUCGUCCUGGGAAUGGACUUCACAGACAAGGACAGUAAAGAUUGCUCUAUUGGGAUGGUGCUACCACUGUGGAGUGAUACCAACAUACAUUUAGAUGGAGAUGGAGGCUUCAGUGUGAACACAGCAGGGCGGUCACAUGUCUUCAAGCCUGUGUCUGUGCAGGCCAUGUGGUCUGCCCUGCAGAUCCUCCACAAAGCAUGCGAGGUGUCACGCCGGUUCAACUACUUCCCAGGUGGCAUUGCUCUCACUUGGAUGGCCUUCUAUGAGAGCUGCAUCACCUCAGAGCAAAGCUGCGUCAAUGAGUGGAAUGCCAUGACCGACCUGGAGACCACCAGGCCUGACUCGCCCACCAUGUUUGUCGACCGGCCAACUGAACGAGAGAGAACAGAGUGUCUCAUCAAAGCCAAGCUACGCAGCAUCAUGACGUUUCAAGACCUGGAGAACAUCACCUCGAAGGAGAUCCGUAACGAGCUGGAGCAGCACAUGAGUUGUAACCUCACAGAGUACAAAGAGUUUAUCGACAACGAGAUGCUUCUGAUCCUGGGACAGAUGGACAAGCCCACACUUAUCUUUGACCAUGUGUAUUUGGGCUCUGAGUGGAACGCUUCCAACUUGGAAGAACUCCGUGACUGCGGAGUUGGUUACAUCCUGAAUGUUACUAGAGAGAUUGACAACUUCUUCCCGGGGAUGUUCUCUUAUCACAACAUCCGUGUGUACGAUGAGGAGGCCACGGAUCUGCUGGCCCACUGGAACGAAACCUACAACUUUAUUGUCAAAGCCAAGAAGAACAACUCCAAGUGCCUGGUGCACUGUAAGAUGGGAGUGAGCCGGUCUGCCUCUACAGUUAUUGCCUAUGCAAUGAAGGAGCACGGCUGGUCUCUGGAGAAAGCAUACAACUUUGUCAAGCAGAAACGCAGUAUAGCUCAGCCAAACGCUGCUUUCAUGAGACAGCUGGCAGAAUAUGAGGGAAUCCUGGAUGCAAGUAAACAGCGCCACAACAAGCUAUGGAGGACUGAAACAGAUGAGGAGGGAUCAGAUGACUUGCAAGCCUCUGGCCACAGUACUGGUGGGGAGGAGACACCAGUGCUCAGAGGGGAAGAAGCCUGGGGAGGCUGCGGGGCAUCUCCCUGCAGGGGUAUGGGUCUGGAGAUGGAGCCCCUUGACUCUCUUAACUACAAUUAUUACUUCAGACGUUUGUCAGACUCUGCACUAGACAGCGAGCCCUCCACCCCAGUGCGGGGUCCCCCCCUGCUAGGUAUGGAAAGAGUUUUCAUUGAGAUUGAAGACGUGGAGAGGGAUGCCCUAUUGGAGGAUGAGGGUUUCCCCAUGGCCCAUUUAGCCCUGCCUGGCAGUGGCACGGCAGCUCAAACGUGUGGGCGCCUUGACCCCAUGGAAGACAUGAGACUGAGGCUCGAGUUCAGUACUUUGGAGGAAGAGGAUGAGGAAGAGGCCAAGAAAGAGGAAGCUGAGAUGGCGGCCUUGGCUCAAACACCUGGAAAUUCAGAUGGGAAGAAGGCUGGGGAGGAGGCAGAGAGGACGGAGGAAAGCCGGCUAGGCCUAGCCAAUCUGAACACCAAUAACAGUAACCGCCUAGCUGCCAAGCGCAGCUGCCCCGCAGCUUUUGACGACAGUGCUAGCACAGGAAACCCUUUAAAAGUGAAGCCCUCCUAUCAGUCCUGUAAAGAUUGCCUGCGUCUACAACAAGGGCGGCGCUGUGACCGUCCAGCAGGAGGCCGUUCCCAUCGCCUUAACCCCUCUCGCCACUGCACUGUCCCCUCCAUAUGCAUUGAUCCGCCCGGGACCAAUUUUUCAUCCACCCCAAUUCUGCAGUCUCUGCAAACCCCUGCAGUUGUCCUGUCUAACUUGGUCCAGCCCUGUAGUCAUCUCUACCGCUGUUCCACCUGCGCCCCCGUUGUCCUACCUGUCCCACUAACCAACCACCAAAAACUGGUCUCACCGAUGAGCUGUGAGGAGAUCCCUCCUGACCGCAGCUCAGUGGAGACAGAGGACAUGGACGAACCACAGGGGGACGACGCCGGAGAACAAAUAUCUAUGGAGGGUACAGGGGCCAUCAGUGCAACUACUGCUGAAGCUUUAAAAUUACAACCUGGAGGUGCAGUGGAACUCGAGCAGCAGGCUCUGGCCCAGCUGCAAAUGCCAGGACUGGGAAUAGAGUUUGGUCUGGAACUGAUGAGACAGAGAGCAGAGCAGCUUGAGAAACUGCCAAGCUUGGCCAUGGAGGGCCAGCUCCCAGUGAGGCCCCUGCCUUAAUACAGUGGCCCGGGCAUGGAUGCGAUGGAGAAGGAGGCUUACCACUGCCUCCACCAGGUACACUUUAAUGGCUUUGGGCCUUUAGAUGACUGCCGCUGGAGUGUCAUACCAGAAACAAAGCUCUGCUUUGACCUGUACUGUCAUGUCCUGGCCUCAUGGCUGUACUGUAACAAGCUGCAACAGCCCUCUGUGCAUUUACAGAGUGUCCUGUCAUCAUCUACUGGCAUUAAGAUUCAGAUGAGGCUGGUUAUUUUGACCACACACUAAAGGCUUGAAUGCUUCUGGCCAUGUAAGGACUGAAGACUUUCCUGUGUCCCUCAGACUUGAUUCCCUUCUGAGCCCGCCAGCCCCAACACCACAUACAGGAUCAUCACUCUUCCCCACAGCACAGUGGAGAUUUUACCCUCAACAGACAGGUUUGACAUAUUCCCAAGACAGGAAACGGUGGUGGUUUCUAACACCUGAGAGUUAUAGCUAGCAUUCUGAUGUUGAUGGAAAGAAAGGUACCUGAGGUAAUAAUGCUUCUGUCAGUGUACUGUAUGUUUUUCAAUCCAAACUCAUCAACAGUAUUCAUGAAGGAGCUCAAUGAAUGUUUGCAGUUGAGCCUGUUUGAUUGCAUUCAGUAUCUCAUGUUACCACUGAUAGCUGAACCCUCACUUACCUUCACUUAAUAUUUUCCCUGCUACAGCUGCUUUUGCAUCACGAGAGGGCAUUUUAUGUAAAGAAAUAAUCAUUUUUUUGAAAAGAAUGUGAGCCUUUUUAUGCUUCUUUGUAAAGCUCCGUACCUCGGACCACAAGCUUCUCAGACUGUUUGGUCAAAGACCGUUUUGUGGCAGGUUCACCCCGACCUCCAUUACAGUUAAUGUAAUCGUGUACUAAAGGCACUCACUUUAGCCCACACAUGACUUUGCAGAUUUACGAAACAUAUCUUCAACAUGCUUAGACAGAUGACAUAUUAAAAUCACCUUUUACUUUCACAGAGGUUUUUGAAACUUUGGCAUUCAAAUGUGUCAUUAUUCCGUUUAAGUGACAACAAAAGGCAUAAUUAUUGACUGAAUUGAACCUAACCACUCGUCUUAUGCCUGAAAGAAUGACAAAAGAAAAAUAUACUGAAGAGAUACUUUCAGUUGUUGAAAAACAUUACAUUCAGUCAGAUGUUAAGAAACAUUCGUAAGCUUAAAUGUAAAUCUAUUUUCAAUUCCUGAUGUAACCAAAGCCAUAUUAUGUUGCCAGGUCCAGUGAAUCACCUUCAUGAUUUUAGAUGGCAAAGAAGCAGUUUCCUUUGAUAUAUUAUACAUACUUUUCUUACUUUCUUAACCAGCGUGCAUCUCAUCUCACCCAGUUAACGUUUUGGUCACAUGUUGAAAAACUAGAAGCUACCUUUCCCUAAAUAAACAAACAUUUGCAAAGGCACGCUAAUCAUAUAGAUUUAGCACCUGAGGACGACUCUAGUAUCCAAUCACACAGUGCAUAUAUUUCAAAAAUAUAUGCUAGCUACAUUUAAUCAAACUGGUGAGAACACUAAAGCAAAAAUAGAGACAUCAGGAGUAAAGAAAAAUCUACAAUAGUUAUAUCCUUUGUGAGUGUCAUUUAUUCGAUCUAAUCAUCAGACAGCUACAGUCAACUGCAGAUGCUGCUGGGAACUUUGUUGGUAAUUGAUUGUUUUUGUGAACUAAAAUAAAAUGUUAUUUGACUUUCAAAUUACCAAAUGAAACAUUUCUAUUUACAGUGUGAAAAUUAGAAAGUAUAUUCUGAAUUUACAAUACAAGAUUUCCUUUGUUUUAAAUACAUGAGGAACCUAUCAAGAAAACUGCGAAGCCCAGCACUCACAGGUUUUUGACAUCUCAACACUAAAACUCCAACAAUCAGUGUGAAUGAAGACUGAACAAGUCUGUCUAGACCUUCUUUUAUUUUGUAUGCUUUCUGAUUGUUUGAGGCGCAUGUUUUGUUCAAAAUGUGCCACCAAUCCAAAGUUGCUGUGCCACCGGUGUUACUCUACAAGUUCUUCUGUUUGGUUGAUGUUGUGUUUGCUUACUGUUUUUGGGCACGCUGGGUGUGCUGAAAUGGUAUUGAAUGAUGCCUGUUUGUAUGCAGGAAAAGCACAUGCAAGUGUUAUUACUGUGUUUAAAGAUCUGAGUGCUUCAGAAGAAAUGAAAACUGUGCAAAGAAUGAAUGCAAAUUAUUAUAUCCUCUUUAACCAUAUGGUUAUUGUAUAUUUUUUGUAGAUUUGGUUUUCUUUAGUUAGAUCAGUAGAAACCUCGACAAACGACAACAAUGCAUCCUCAGUUCCUUCUCCUCCCUUAACUGAACCCCAGGGAGCUGCAGGUUCGCUCCACUAGUUAGAUUUAAAUAAUUUGGUUUUGCCUUUAACCUGUUUCUUCCCUCACAUGGCCAUUUGAGCAUGAUGUAACGUAAGGCACUUACACAAAGUUGUUGACAGCAUCUAAUAGCACACACAUUUGAAAUGAAGCCAUUUGAAACCAACUGGGAAAAAAGAUACAAUUACAUGAAGUUGUUUUUAAAUUUUGCAGCUAUAAGAAUUAAGAAAUGUUACUAAGUGGCAGGGUUACUAAAGGCUUUGAAAAGAAGAUUCAAGGAAUAGUUCAAAAUGUAUCUGAAGGUAAUAAAAUCCACCUACCAACACCUCUAAAGCUCACUAAUUAACACUUUACAUCUCAUUUGUUUGGCGAAAAGGAUCCAAAAAUGACAACUAGUCAUUUUUCACACUAAUAAUUUGCAGCAUCAGAGGUGCUAUUUAGAGGAUUUCUUUUUUUACCUUCAGACAGGCUAGCUGUUUCACCCUGUUUCCAGGCUUUAUGCUAAGCUAAGCUAACCGGCUGCCGACUAGAGCUUCAUAAUUAGACAUGAUACAAGUGGUAUUGAUCUUCUCAAUUCUCUCAGCAAGAAAGCAAAUAAGUCUAUUUAAUAUUAAACUAUUCAGUAGGUUAGGUGAGCUUGAUCAGUGUGUGAUGCUAUGUUACAAGCAUUUAAUCCUUUUUGCGUUCCCAGACCACAACACUACGUUUGGUUGUUUGCUUCAUGUUUUGAAUUUGUUUUUGUAUUUAAGUGCCUUAACCUUGGCCUUAGCUCUAUCAUAAAGCAUCACAGGCGUUGCACAGUUUCUAUGAGUGUGUUGAUGGUCUGGCUUUUUUUACAUUAACUAACCCUUGCUCCCAAUAAUAACCAUGCUCCUUGAAAUGUAUAUCUCGGUACAAAAUAUAAUGUAUGCAAACACACACUUAAGCUCAUGCACAGCAGUCUCCUCCAUCCCAACACACAUAACUUGAUGGACUUCCAUUUAUUAAUAGCCUAUAAUAAUAUUGUAUUUGUUUGAUAUUGUUGAAACGUGUGGUACACUGUAUUGGUUCAAUAGCUGGCUGAAGAACCUUACUUGCUGGAAUGAGAACUAUCAUUUACAUUCAAACAUUAGAUAGGAUUAAUUUACCAAGUCUUUGAAAUUUACCAGUCUGUAUAUAUUUUUCUCAAUUUACAAUUUGCUAUUGAAAACAUUAGCUUGCCUAUGUGGUCAAUAUUAAGAAAAGCACUGAUAGUGCUACUGUGUAUUGAGAAGUACUCAUAAUUAAGUUCUCGUGUUUGUACCACAGCAAAAAAAUGACUUUGGGCCAUCUCUCUAAUUUAGUCAAAUGUCUUCAGGCUCUAAGAAAAAACGAUUGAAUUUUUUUAUUGCAUUAUUCCCAGGCAGCAGGCAUCAAACUGACAAUCUUCCUGAAGAGCCAGGCAUUGAGGAAGGAUAUUAAGACAUAUUGUAAGUUAAAGGGGGAAUCCAGGCAUUUGUAGAGUGUAUUUAUAGAGCACAAGUCUGCCCCCAAGCAUGUGAGGUGGAGACGAGUGGAAAAUGUUGAACAUGAAAAACCCACCUGGGAGAUUUUGUUACGUUAAUUGUUUUUUGUUAACUUUUGUCUACUGUACUGUACAUUGCCAAUGUUCAUGUGUAAUGCACUUUUUUUUACAUUUGUUAAAAUUACGUCCAGUCUAAUGUUUAUCAUGGAAAUAAACCAUUUCCUCUGCAUAAAUGCUCUGUUCAUGUACACAUUCAGU